UGGCACAAGCUGGUUUCACAUGAGCACAGCUGGGUGUUUGUGUCACUGCUGCGCCGCGAAGAAGCUGGAAGAAGUCUGCUCAGUGGUGUAUGCAUCUUCCCUCUGAGAAAAAUGCUGCAAUCUGAAGAAUGCAGCUAGCUAGGACAAGAAAGAAGAGUGACAUCUCAGUGUGAGUGGUGAUCUUCCCCAAAUUUGUGCCUUUUGGCUUGGACACUGAGUGGGGGAGUCAUCGAGCGUGUUUGUGGUGGAUGUUUGUAUGGAUGCAGUCUCGUGCAUGCACAUUUAGGACCCUGGCCUGAUGGAAAAGAGAGACAGGAAGCCGGGAUAUUUUGCCAGGCUGAAGAGGCGGCGGCAGCUCAAGCAGAGCCAAUCGGACAAGAAUGUGAACGAGCAGAACCCGGCGAUCAUCUCCUGUCCAGGCAUCCCAAACGAAGGUGAAGCCAAUAAGAGGGCGGACCUGCAGAGAAUAACCGUAAAACCACCUGCGAGCUCAGACAGCAGCUGUAAAAGUAACAAUCAGGCAAAAAGGGAGAAGAAGAGGCCACCGGGGACAGUGGAGAUAGUUGUGGGAGCUGACGAUUCCCUCAACAGCAUCGCUCUCAAGUUCAACAUCACGCCAAACAAACUGGUCCAACUGAACAAGCUCUUUUCUCGUAGCGUCUACCCCGGUCAGAAGCUGUUUGUCCCCGAUGUGAGCCAGUCAGACACUGAUUUAAAGUCUCCCAGUUCCUCUGAUCCCACGUUCUCAAAUGACUUGUCCAAGAAACCAUCACACUAUGGCCUUUCAAACUGUAGGUCAGCAAAAUCCGUCCGGCGUGAGCUCUCCCCAAACUCGGAGGACGAGAGCCCGUCAGCUGUGAAAUUCAUCAAGAUGAGCUGUAAAUAUUUCACUGAUGGCAUGGGAGUGGUGGGAGGUGUUCUGAUCGUGACGCCCAACAACAUCAUGUUUGACCCCCACAAGUCCGACCCGCUGGUGAUUGAGCACGGCUGCGAGGAGUACGGCCUCAUCUGCCCCAUGGAGGAGGUCGUUUCCGUGGCGCUGUACGACGAUGUGUCGCGCAUGAAGCUCAAAGACGUGCUGCCAUCAGACCGACCCCAGGAUCUGUGUCCUGUGUACAGGCCUGGUGAGUGGGAACAGCUGCCAUCAGAGCAGGACCUGAACCCCUUCAGCCGCUAUGAAGCUCUUGAUCCAAAGCGACCAAUCGUCCUGGAUGACAUUGAAUCGGCGCUGUCUGAAACCGGGAGUACAGAGGGAGAGCUGACGGAGCAGUCUCCGUCAGAUGAGGGAUUCACAGAGUUGGAGGCGACUGUCAACGGAAGCAGUGAGGAAGCAGAGGGAACGUUCUCCAGAGCUCCCAGCACUGUCAGCAGGGACAAACUGAAGCUACAGGGACCAGGCUUUCCAGGCCAGGAAGACUUUGAGGACAAGUUGAAGCUUGAUCAAACAAAAGGGAAGCUGGAUGAUGAAGAGGACGAAGGCGUGAAUCAGAACAGCUCCAUUGAGGAUGGAGAGUCGAUACAAUCCUCCUCAGACACAGGAAAACGAGGCGACGCGGGGCGUGGAAAACCCACAAGCCAAGAGGCAACCGAAACCAAAGAUAUCAACCAUAAAGGGACCAUGGAGCUCCUGCUGAACGGGGAAAGGAUCGACGCAUCACUGGACCAAAACAGGAAGUUGAGCCUGAGCCAGGCUGCAGAGGCUCCUUGGAACUCUAGUCCCAAAAUGCAAAGCUUGGACAGACCAGCAGAGGGAGAUGAACUCAGUGAGGAGGAGAGACGGAAGAAAAACUAUGAAGCUGAGGUGAAGUCGUGGCUGAUGGAGAGGAUGCAGGUGCCGAUAGAAGAUAUGCUGUUUUCAUCAGAGGAGAAGAGUAAAAACCCUCCGAUGUUCCUCUGCUUCAAAGUGGGCAAGCCGAUGAGGAAGUCCUUUGCCACUGGAAUGAACUUUAGCCCUGCCCACUCCUUUGGAGGCUGUGGAAAACAGCCAGAAUACUGGUUUGCCGUGCCACAGGAAAGGGUGGACCAUCUGUAUGCAUUCUUUGUGCAGUGGUCUCCGGAUGUGUACGGCAAAGAGGCUCGAGAGCAGGGCUUUGUUGUGGUGGAGAAAGACGAGCUGGACAUGAUCGAUAACUUCUUCAGUGACCCCGCGUCUUGCAGCUGGGAGAUCAUUACCCUAGAUGAGGCGAAGCGGCGGCAGAGUUUUGGCAGCCAUGACGGAGAGCUGUCUGUGGAGGCGCUGCCCAUACUCGGCGACACCAGUGACGUGCUGCAGGACACGCACAUCGAGAAACUUGCUUGUCGCCUGCCGGCGCGAGUGCAGGGUUACCACUGGAGACUGGCCUACAGCACUGUGAAGCACGGAACCAGCCUUAAGACUCUGUACAGAAACCUGGCAGAUGUGGACAGUCCUGUCCUGCUGGUCAUCAAAGACAUGGACAAACAGAUAUUUGGGGCCUUCUCGACUCAUCCCUUCAGAGUGAGCGAACACUGCUACGGCACUGGAGAAACCUUCCUCUACAGCUUCUGCCCUGAAAUCAAGGUGUUCCGGUGGACAGGGGAGAACUCCUACUUUGUGAAAGGCAAUACAGAUUCUCUGCAGAUGGGAGGAGGGGGUGGUCAGCUGGGUCUGUGGCUGGACGCUGAGCUGUACCGAGGUGCCUCCACCCAGUGCGCCACCUUCAACAACCAGCCUCUGUCGACUCAGCAGGACUUCAGCAUCCACAGUCUGGAGGUCUGGACUUUCGAGUAGCUUUCGAGGUAUUUCUUCAUUCAUGCUCCGCUCCACGACCUCAAAAUGUCAGACACCACCAAGUCUGUUACACACCACUUGAAGUCAAACCUAACUACCCCACCAUGACACUACAUGGUCAGUGAGAGUAGACAGAAAGCAGCCUGUGGCGUUUUCAAAGCGACUGAAAGCAGCGCUUGAAAUGUUCAUUCUGUUUUGACGUGGGUUUGACCUGCAGGGAGUUUGACCACUUAAUGCUUGGUUCAUGCUUCCGUUUAAAGACCAACUGUGUGAAAACGCUGCUGUCUUAGUUUAUUUGCUGCCUUACACAUGCGACAACAGCACCAGCUUCCACAGCAUGCUGACUAUAGACUGCCUCAGCACCCUAAGCUUGUGAGGAUCGAGGGAAUAAGAAGCUGACUUUAGUGUGACGUGAAUUCCAAAUUGCUGUAGGUUUGUGCAGAGAUGGCAAUUGAUGCGAUUCUGGGAAUGUACAGGCUUGUAUACCAUAGAUGGUUUGCUUUAUCCUUUUUGUUUGUUUGUUUUUUAAUUGAAACUUGAAGGAAAUUGGAAAAUGCCAGGUCAGAUUUUUAAUUUCUCCACUAUAAAAUUAGUUUUUAAUAAGGAAAAUGCUGUAAUUGUUUACAACAGAAGGGUUGCACUUCCUCCGAAGGCUGUCUGGAGUUUUAAAUGUAGCCAGUGAGAAGGGUUUCAUUGCGUUUCUUCGUGAGUAUAUGUAACGUUUUCUUUCCCCCCAUACGAGCCAAAAACAAGCGCUAAAGCCAGGAAACGUUUGCAGUGACCAAAUAUCUUCUUUUUAAGUUUGAUUUGUUGUUAAUUUGUCAUGUUUUAUAAAAAUAUUUUUAGAUUUUAUUUUUUACAUUUAUUUUUGCAUUCUGUCUUUAUAAAUAACCAUAUAAUAAUGGUUCUGAUUUUAUAGAAAAGUGUACUGCUAAGCAUUUCUGUUUGUGAUUGGACUCAAGCACUUGAAAUGUCUGUUCAGCAUUAAAUUCAUGUCUCACGAUGACUCAUUUUAUAUCUCCUUAAAUUUUGUUUUUUAUUAUUAUUUCCGGUCAUUGUUGAGAGACAUGCAGCCAAUAGAGUUUGAACAGGAUGUGACCAAUGUAAUUAAGCAUUUCUCUAAUGUAAACUUUUGUUACUGAACGUUUAAUCAUCACUGCACACGUGGGAAAGCUGCCUUUACUCAAAAAUGGAAAAAGGGAGGGGGGGGGGGAUCACUUUUUGCACUCUGACAUGCCACUUACUAAAACUUCACAUCUACGAACAUAGAAAAGAGAUUCUCAUUUAUAUCAUGUGUAUGUGACACAGGCUUGUAGUGCAUGAACAUGCAGUACUGCAGACGUCUGGCACCCAUGUUACAGCGAUAGCCUCCCUGUCAUACUGUCCACCUUUGCCAAUUACUCGCUUCAUGUGAAAAUGAGCUCUAUUGUCUGUAGCCCUUCAGUGUUGUUACUGUGAAUGCUGUAAAAGUAUUAUUUCUUGUGAAUCCAAAACUGCUGUGUACUGUGAUAUCACUAAGGAUCUAUUUAUUGUGUUGUUAUUGCAACCACAUUUAAACUUAAAUAAAUGUUCCAUAUAUACAUAAA